CAGCUGAUUCUUCACAAACGUUUCCCCAGUUGCAAAGCUGAGCAGUAGGUGGCUUCAGGAAAGGCAGCGGAGUUGACUUCUACCAACAUGAGGGCAGCUGGAAUUCUUGUCCUCUGCCUCUUCUCCUCCAUCCUGUCAACAGCCAAAAGUCCAGUGAGUUCAAUUAUCAAGGAAUGUGCAACCCGUGAGGCGUGUCUGGAUGGCCUCUACAGCACCACAACAGUAGAUGGUAGAUUUAACAUAGCUAGAGGUAACUGUUGCCAAACCGAUCUCUCUAAUGCAGAACCGCUUCCGUUGGAGAAUUAUGAAGACUUUCAACCAAAUGGGUUAGAGUGCCCAGGCUGCUUUGCACUAGAUGAGGAUUCUUGUGAAGCCAAUCAAACUGUAGCCUGCGUCGGCGAACAGGAUCAGUGUCUUACCAUAACUCAUACAAAAGUAGCAGAGUUUUCCUCACUUGGAAGUUUGUCUGUGAAGGCCACUCUCCAAGAAUGUACGACAAAGAGUUCAUGUUCCGUCCGUCAAGGAUAUUCUAAGAUGGCUGGUGGGCUGAUUCACUUGAAUGUCACCAUCCUGGAAUGCAGAAAUGCAUCUUCUUCUGAACCUGAUCAUCAGUGAUUGUUGGGAAGAGCGAACCUUCUUUGCAAAUAUUGGGAAAUUUGUAAAAAAUUGGAAAAUUGGAGAUUUAAUAGUGAAUUAAGUAGAGAUUGGAAUAACAGAUGCUUGUGAGUCCUACCUGAGUCAGUAGCGGGAAGCUAGAAAUUUGGGUCAAAAAUGUUGACUAUCAUGCUUUGAGACCACAGCUCAAUAAAAUAAGUGUUUUCCACAGAAUCAUCAUAAAAAUAAAUUGCUAUGACAAAGAAA